CAACGUCACGUGUCUGCAAAUGUCAAUUAUCUGUGUCAUUUAGAAAACAAUUGGUCUAGAAUCUGCAUUAAGGAAAUAAAAUUUGUAGUAAAAAAUGGUUCGGAUAACAACGAUUCUAUCUAGGGUUCCCGUUAUUAAAUUCCGCAAAGGUGGCGGAGGUGGAUCCCACGCACCACCUGCAGCCGCCACAGCAGCUCCUGCAGCUGCUGCGCCUCAGGCGUCUCCUCAAGCUCAACCGAGUGCCGCAAUGAGUACUGCAUCUAUAUCAGACAUAGAUCUUCCUGCUCGCUACCGACGUCUGCCGCUCUCCCAGGAAGAGAUUGAUCACAUCAACGGCGGCGGAGUUGUUUAGUGCACAGUUACUUCUUA